AUGUCAGUAAUACCGAAGAAUUCGGGAUUAUCUUCUCCUUCCAUAUCAUCCAGAAACCCAUCCUAUUUUCAUCUGGAUAUUAAAACGUCUCCGAUCACCACACCACGACUUGUCAGCGGACCCUCCAUUGAUAUUCCCGUGGAAAUUGACGAUGAAGAUGAACAAAAGUGGGAAAAUGUUCGAUUUGGUCGGCAUCGUCAGUCGUCUGUCAUACAAAAAAAAUUUAAACAAUUUCGUCAAACAUCCAGUGCACAGUUGAGUACUCUAGCAGCAGUUAUUAUUCAAGCACCCCGUAUCAAUAGUGUGUUACGGCAAUCAACGGCAGUAAAAGAUAAUUUGAGUGGAACAAAUAUUGCGUUUGACCAGAACCAGGAAAUUCAAGGACAGACUUUGUUACAUUUAGCAGGUAAGAUUUUGCUUUUUCCAAAGCAUAUUUGUCGAAGACAGCUAGCAAAGUGUGAACGAAACCAAUGGAAUGGAUUUAAUUUCUUCUUAUAUUUUUGGGAUAUCCUGUCUUCAUAAAUCCAGUUUCAUAAACCACGCAUUUAUGAAACUUGUAAAAAGUUUCAUAAAAUUUAGGAAACUUGGAUAUUGAUUUUUUUUAACCCACAAGUUACAUAAAAAUGAAAAAUUUUAUGAAACCUUUUACAAGUUUCAUAAAAAGCUUAGCAUGGUUCUCAGAGAAAAAAUUUUCUGAAUUAAUCAGCACAUGUCUCCGAAAGACCCAUGGUUGUUAAUUAAAUGGGCUUAAUUGAUGAAUUAAGGUAACUGCAGAUGUCUCUAAGAGGGUUGUUACAGUAGUAUAUUAGUAUAAGUCUCAUAGUGACAUAUAUUGAACAGUAGACAG